AUGGGAAGGCAUGAGAGCACUGAACGCGGGAACCGCCCCUGCCGCCGGAGACUGCUGCUGGAGACUCUGGGCAAAGGCACAUAUGGGAAGGUGAAGAAAGCAGUGGAGAAACAAAGCGGAAAAACAGUGGCCUUUAAAUCUAUAAGGAAGGAGAGGGUCAGUGAUGAUCUGGACAGAGCUCACAUCAAAAGAGAGAUAGAAAUCAUAUCCUCUCUGUCACACUCAAAUAUACUUCAGAUCUAUGAGGUGUUUGAGAGCAGAGAGAAGAUAGUGAUGGUGAUGGAGUAUGCAAGUGGAGGAGAGCUGUAUGAAUUCAUUCAGAAGAAGGGAAGGCUAACAGAGGAAGAGGCCAGACACUUCUUCAGCCAAAUUACCUCAGCAGUGCUUUACUGCCACAAAAAUAGUGUGGUUCAUCGAGAUCUCAAACUUGAGAAUGUUUUAUUGGACCAGGACUUAAAUGUCAAGCUUGCUGAUUUUGGUUUGUCCAACCAGUAUCAGAGAGGGCAUUUUCUGGAGACAUUUUGUGGAAGCCCUCUCUAUGCAUCACCAGAGAUCAUCAAUGCACUGCCAUCACCAGAGGUGGAUUGCUGGGCUCUAGGUGUGUUGCUCUAUGUGUUAGUUUAUGGUUUUAUGCCUUUUGAUGGAUGCAAUUACAACAGCCUUAGAGAGCAGAUCAGCCAAGGAAGAUACAGGAUGCCAAACACCCAUUCAGAUGCUUAUACUUUGAUUGGCUGGAUGCUGACUGUCAAUGUGGAAGAGAGAGCCACCGUAGAGGAUGUCGCCAAUCACUGGUGGCUUAACCCAACCUGCACAGUCACUGUGAACGACUGUGGCCACAAUGGUUUUACUCCUUACAACCUUUCAACUCUGCAUGCCAAUAUCUGUCACAGCUUUCCCCCAGUAGUGGUGGGAGAUCAAACAUGA